AUGUGCAAGUUUAAGUAUAGCACAAAGUUGUCCAGCACUGGGACCAGGGCAUUGAGUGAGACUGAAGCUGCUGUGGACCAACUGGUGGAGGUUGCUGGUCUCCCUGAUGUGGUGAUCAACAACGCUGCAGGGAACUUCAUCUCCCUGUCAGAGAAGCUGUCUGCCAACGCAUGGAGGACCAUCACAGACAUUGUCCUGAACGGCACGGCCUUCUUCACCCUGGAACUGGGCAAGAGGCUGAUACUGGCCGAGAAGGGUGCUGCAUUUCUGGCCAUCACCACCAUCUACGCAGAGACCAGCUCUGGAUUUGUGGUGCCCAGCGCAGCUCCUAAGUCAGGAGUGGAAACUCUGUGCACGUCUCUGGCUGCGGUGUGGGGGAGGUACGGCUUGAGGUUUAAUGUCAUCCAGCCAGGACCAAUCAGAACCAAGGGGGCCUUCAGUCGUCUCGAUCCCACGGGCAUGUUUGAGAAGGCCAUGAUCGGCAGGAUACCCGUGGGCAGGCUGGGCACGCCUGGAGAGAUUGCCAACCUGGCAGCCUACCUGUGCAGUGACUAUGCCUGUUGGGUGUCUGGAGUGAUCUUUCGAAUGGACGGUGGAGAUUAUGUCUCCAUGGCAGGAGAAUUCAAUGAUCUGAGGAGGGUCACUAAGGAGCAAUGGGCUAUGAUGGAGACCAUGAUCAGGGGCACCAAGGGAUCCUAAGAAGUCAAGAUGGGAACAUGAUACUAACUCUACCCCUGUUAAUGCUCCAGGGAAACACAGACACACAGACCUUGUCCUCCCCCACUGAACAGAGGGUGCUUGACAGUGUCUGAUGCCAUAGGACAAGCACCAAACAAGCACAACGGAGGAAACGUCCUUUCAAUCCAACACAAAGCACCAGUUCACUGACCCUCCUGCUAAAGCUGUGUGUAUGCGUCUCACAGGGUUGGAGUAUAUCCAGGAUAAACACUAUUACUCUGAUUGUGGUGUCAGCAACACUUAGCUGAGAAAAUGAAAUGUGGUGGAGUUUUAUUUACCUAUCCUAUGAGGUUUGUGGAAAUGUCCAAUUGAAAAAAGCUACAAUUUAAUCUGGUUA